ACUACACUGGAUAUCCACCUCUGACUCUCUCUCUCUCUCUCCUCUCUCUCUCUACAAGCCCGCCGCUUAGCCCCGAUAUUCUGUUUUUGUUUUUUAUUUUCUCAUAUUGAAGCAGCGUGAGAUUCAUUCAAAUCCACACCAGUUUCAGCUAUGGAGACACAAAACUGUCUCUGCUCUCUUCCUCAAUUCAAAUUUCAUUUCAUUGACUUCGUCUUCACAUCACACCCACAAAGCUGUUGAUGGCUUCGAAUGAAAAAAACCCAACUUUUAUCGGAUUUCGACACCGCUAUACAAUUUUUUCAAUCUCAUUCAAUAAACAUAUAUUUAUAAAAUAAUCGUAGUUUUAUUUUAUUUUUUUUAAACGAAUCAUGAAAGCUAGAUUGGUUGUGUUUCCGAUCAAAGGAAGGAACUGGUGUUUUAGCAGAUCGAUUGAUCACUCGACGAUUGAAUCACAGUCUUCUCAUAUUCCUUCUACGUUCAAAGAACUCUGGAAGAAGAUCUCAUCUUCCAAUGUCAAGUCCUCUGGCUCCAAUGCCGAGCUUCUUAUUGAUUUCGCUUCUGACAAGAUGAAUAAAGCUUGGACGGGUCUUGAAAAGGCGCCUCCGGGUAGUUUCAAAAACAAGCUUUAUGGUUUGGGAUUGCGCCUUUUGGCUCGUGUUAAUCCUUCUGAGAUUUUAUUGAAAUCUAUCUCUAAGGAGGUUACAAAAGUUGAAGUUACAUUCCCCUCGAGUUUAAAUGCACGAUUUGUGCGCCGAAGGUUAAGGCAUAUCGCCAUAAGGGGAAACGCUAUUCACAAGAAAUACUUCUAUGGAUCAGUUUCAUUGCUUCCACUUACGUCUGCUUUCACCAUACUACCUUUGCCCAAUAUCCCAUUCUUUUGGAUCCUAUUUAGAACUUACUCUCACUGGAGAGCUCUCCAGGGUAGCGAGAGACUUCUUCAGCUAGUCUCAGACUCCUCGGAGAAGCAGAACUCUCCCGUUGCAACACCAAACAGGAGUAAAAUUGAACAUGAUGACUCUGAAAAUGGGGUCCACAAUUUACUUGGUCCUUCUUGGGUGUUGCGGCCAUCACAGGAACUUGAAAAACUUAUUCAACGUGGAGAUGCUCAAGAUGGCCUCAGCAAGUGCAUUAUAUCAGAUGUCUGCAAGACCUUUGAUUUGAACACGAUGGAUGUUCUUAAGUACCGAGAUUCAUUGUAGUUAAAAAUGUUUUUUAUUUAUUGUUGGCAAUGUGGAGCACGACACCAGAAGGUUUUGCUUAUGGAAAAGAAAAUUCAUUUCUUUCUCCUUUUGGGAAAGCUAUUGGGGGACUAAAAUCCAACAUGCACAGGCCCUUAAAUAACUGAUUUUUUUUUCUCCCCGGAUAUUUGAAAUGCUCAUAGAUCUAUUCAUCCAACCACCGAUUAACGCUAUUGCUUCUCUUACGAUCUGUUGUCGUUGCCAAGCUGCUUGUGUGUUUGCUCCUCUGCAGUUCCCAAGUGGGCAUGGUUUUUGUGUUUCCAUUGAAUCUAUCAGCAAGAGCAAAGCCAUAUUUUGUGCA